AUGGGAGAGAGAGAGGAGGUGAAACUGUUGGGAACAUGGUACAGUCCGGUCGUGUUAAGAGCAAAGAUAGCUCUUCGUCUCAAAUCGGUUGAUUAUGAUUACGUUGAAGAAGAUUUGUUCGGAUCCAAGAGUGAGCUUCUUCUCAAAUCUAACCCGGUUUACCAGAAAGUCCCGGUUCUCAUCCACAACAGUAAACCGGUUUGUGAGUCUCUUAACAUCGUUGAAUACAUCGAUGAGACGUGGAAAUCAUCUGGACCGUCCAUUCUUCCUUCUCAUCCUCAUGAUCGAGCUCUCGCUCGCUUCUGGUCUGCCUUCGUUGAUGACAAGUGGUUUCCAGUUUUCAUAGCGGCGAGUGUUGGAAACACAAAAGUCUUUGAUUGUCCUUGA